AACAAGCGACUCUGGGCUUCGGCGCGUGACAUGUCAAAGACUCCGCCGUGGCGGUCCUUUAUAAGUAUGCGACGCUCGGGAAGGCCGGGAAUUAGUACGUCUUUGAGGGCUUCUCGCACGCUAUCAAUCUGGCCCUCAAAAGCACUGUAGCAGGCGAUUCGGAGUGUUUUGAGCUUGAGUCCAAUGUGCUUGAAGUACGCCACCAUUUUUGCGAGGCGUUCCUGCAGAAGGGCCGCGUCGAUCGCACGCGCAGCGGCUCUGUCAGUCGAGCGGAUAUUGGCGACCGUGACGUGGAGAUGCUUGAUGCGUUUGACAUUGUGAAGCUUGACAGUGCAAGGUUCAUCCAGCGGCUCGCAUUUGCGGUUGCAGCGCCAAAAAAUGCCGAGAUGUCCACGCCCACGGGUGAUGGGGAAGAUGUUACGGCCGAAAACACGGCGUUCGCCUCGUUAUGUAUUUGUUUGUUCGUCAGGAGCAAACCUAGAGCGCUCCUUACGACUGGAGAACGGGUCGGUCUCUGGCCUGGGCGCGAUUUCCGGCCAUGCCACCAGAGCGUUAAUCAGACCAUUCAGGCCAUGAUUGCGAGCAUAAACCUCGUUGUCGGACCGUGGCUUGGUAGCCUUCAUGUCCUCGUACAAGCGCUGGUUUCCGGAUCUAACCUGACAACGAGAAUUUCCUCGUAGAUUCUGUCGCGAAUCCUAGGCUUUGGGUCAGCGUCAACAGCAAAGGCGAGGUCUUGCAUCGCUCACCUCGCGCGGAAGGCGCAGAAAAAGCGAGUGGGAGUCCUCUCCAGCGAUUGCGUGUCCUUUCUUGCAUGCUUCACAACCACACUCAACCCCUUGGGACACGGUGGUUUGUGGCUCCAUCUUUAGCGCUGUAGGCGGAGUCGACAUGCUUGACGCUGCCUUAGCCGCCUUGCUCCGCUUCGCCUUCCUCGACAUUGGGGCACGAGGGAGUCUUUGGAUGCGUUAGAUGUCGGUGGUGAAGGGCGAGCUUUACAGAGCUGCGGAUGUUGGUUUGCUGCGCCAAGGCGCUGCUAGUGACGUUGUCAGGGAAGCUGCGUUGACGGUCAAGGAAGGCGCGCUAGAUGCAACGAUACC